AUGAGCGGAACUUCACAUUUUUCAGAACGCAAAUCAGAACAUGGAAAACGAAAAUUUACAGAGGAAGAAGAUAAAACUAUUCUGGAAAUGGUUGAAAAAAAUGGAGUUCAUUAUUGGAAACAAAUAGCAGCAGUAUUGCAGGACCGAACUGCGAGGCAGGUUCGUGAAAGAUGGAAACACUAUCUUUCACAGGAUAUACAAAAAGCACCAUGGACUCAAGAAGAAGAUGAUCUUUUAGAACGCCAAUAUAGAAAAUACGGACCUAAAUGGAGUUUAAUCGCUGGAAUGCUUCCUGGUAGAACCGACGUAAAUAUAAAGAAUAGAUGGGCUUUAUUAUGCAGAAAAAAAACAAAAGAAAUUAUUAAUGCACAAAAUAACAUGACAAUGCAGGAUGCGCUAGCUUUGCAAGCAGUUCAACUCCCUAUUAUAGAAGAAAAUGUAGCUUUUGAACGUUUAUUGAAAGAAUUUUCUAGUAUUCAAGAUAAAGUCAACGAAGAUGUUGCUGACGAUUUGUUUACCCACUUUAAUUUUUAG